UCAGCUGUUGUGCGGGGGCAUGUUGUCACAUCGAUGGGUAUGGGACUGAUGGGCGUACGAGUGAGCACAAGCACUCCUCUGGAAGGUUUCACACUUACUCGCGAAGAUGGAUGGUUUGAUCUUUUGGUAAAUGGUGGAGGAGCUGUAACCCUCCAGUUUGGACGCAGCCCUUUCCGACCCCAGAGCCAUAUUGUCAGUGUUCCUUGGAAUGAGGUUGUAAUUAUUGACACAGUUGUACUGGAGAUUGGAGAUGAGAAAGCUGUGCCUUUGGUACCUCACUCAUGUGCUGCUCAUGACUAUGACCUCAUGAAACCAGUGGUGCUUGCAACAUGGAAACAUGGCUUCCAGGGAGCUUGUCCAGAUAAGAGUGCAAUUCUAGCCGAGUCACAGGUUGUGCAAGAAAGCUUGCCAAUCCCAGGUACUGGCCUCAAUCUUGUAUACCACAGCUCUCGUGCAGCAGGCUAUUUGUCCACCAUCCAGCUUCAGUUAACACCAGAAACAAUCCCAGCUUCACUCAAACUCAUCCAUCUUCGAAUCACCAUUGAGGGAAUUCUUUUUGAGAAGACCUUUGAAGCUGAUCCAGUCAUUAAAUUUACUUAUGCCUGGAAUAGGCUUAAUGUUUAUAGGCAACGUGUUUAUGGUGUAACAACUGCUAUGGUUAAGGUUGGCUAUGAGUACAAUGAUUGCAAGGACAUUAUUUGGGAUGUACAGACUACAAAGCUCAGUGGACAUGACAUGAGCAUCUCUGAAGUUGGAGGAUGGAAUCUUGACAUUCAUCAUAGAUACAACUUCCAUGAAGGCAUACUUCAAAAGGGAGAUGGUUCCAAUAUCUAUCUGAAGCAUAAGCCACGAGUAAUAUUGACUUCAAUGGGUGAUGGACAUCAGCGCCCUCUUGAUUGUUUUGAGUGUGAUGGCCAAGCAUCUAAACAGAGAUUAUUGGCUCCAGUAGCUCUUGCUGCAUCUCCUGAUGGUUCUAUCUUUGUUGGGGAUUUCAAUCUGGUCCGAAGGAUCCUCGUGGAUGGAACAGUGAGGACUGUUCUAAGGCUGAA